GUCACUAUUAUUUUCUUUUGGUUUCUGUUAUGGUUGCACUGCCGGUGAUGAAUUAAAAUUCAUAGCUGACCUUGCGGAGGCUUUUGCUCUUAAACUCGUUGUUGAAAUGCGAAAUUUCAACAAGAUUAUGAAAAAACAAAUCAAUUUCUUUGUUUUCUUGCAUGUAGAUUUUUCUGAUUUGGUUUGUUAUCACCGGUUUCUGCUUUCAAUUUUUUUUUUAUUCUUGCAUUAAACUAAUAUUUUUUAGUUGAUUUGAACCCUUUUCCAUCUUUUUGAAAGACUAAUGAUAGUGCCAUCCUUCAGUGAAUUUCAUAUUUUAUUCUCUGAAGUGCCACGGCCUCUUACUAUUGGCUUCAUAUCUCUCUAGGAAUAUAUAAGAGGUUACAUUAUGUUUUGAAUCUAUGCUCCUACUUGUAUGAGAAGUAAAAAGACUAUAUCUUUACUCAAUUAUUAUUAGAGUGCAAGAAAAUAUGUAUAUAUAGGCGCAUGAAGAGAAUAAUAAAAGAAAAUACGAGGAGAAUAUCCUCAAUGGUGUGGAUAUAUUAAACAAUAAAUAUUAAAGAUUUCUACUAUAAAUAUAACACACGUGAUGAUUUAGAUAUGAUAACAUUCCUUUGCACAUUUAAGGUGGAAUAAAAAAUGUCAACUUGGGUUUGGAAAUUAUAAUUAUUGUAGAGGAAAGAGGAAAUACUACACAAGUACUAGGAUUGAUAGGCUUUGUGGUUGGAGAGGGCAUCGACAAGUGACACCAAAUAGUGAAGGCAAGAGGCUCAUUUUGGGAGAUGACAUUGGGAGUGACAUGUGUGUUCGAGCUAGUUGGUGCAUGAUGACUAGGGAGACAAAGGCUAGGAAGGUGCUAUUGUAGCAAGACAUAUAGGGGUUCACUGUUUAGCAAUGCUAAAUCAAUAUGUAGAAUGAACUCUCACGAGGGACGUGCAAAGAACACAAUAGGGGUGUAUGGAAAAAUGAGAUCCAAUGAUGGUAACACGAGAUGAGGUGAUGGAAAUGAGAGGUUCGACAAUACGAGGAACUUUGUUGCUUUUGAAUAUGGGUGCACUUAGUGGUGUUGGGGUGUUGAUUCAAUGGCUUGACAUUUGAAAGGGGUGCAAAUGGUUUAGUUUGUAAGGUUAGUUGGUGGUACUUGACAACACGAGAGGCAACAUUUCUGUGGAUAGGCGAUCGAUUUCAUCUUGAUGAACAUGUGGUUGAUUGCUUAAGAUAGAAUAAAAGUGAUUCAACUACUUACUUGGACAAAAAUAUUUCCUUGCCGAAGCGAGAAAGAAAGGAGAGAGCAUGGAGUUUGGCUAUGUGGAAAGCUUAAGGCAUGGAGGUUAAGUUUGAGGGAGAGUAGAUGGGUUUGGUUAGCUGCUUUUGAGGGAUGAGAUAGAUGGGUUAGUUUUUUUGUUUAAGCAUGUGGACAUGAAGUAGGAGGCAAGGUUGGGGAUAUGGUAAGGUAGUGAAGGAGCAGAUGUUAGGGAAUGAUUUACAAGGGCUUGGCCACAAUAGAUUUUCUAUAAAAUGAGAAAAAGGUUAGAGAGAGGAGAGAGGGAGGAGAGAAGAGGAAUUGGAUUAAGGCUCAAAAGGGGGGACGAGGAGGGGUUGGUUCUGUUGGAUGAUGCAGAGGUAGGGAAAAAAUGCAACAUUAUGGUAGAGAUGGUUGGUUUUAACAUGUGAAUGAGGUGCUACUAGGUGCAGGUGGUUACGGUCAUGAAUAAGAAAUGUGAGGUGUAGUACUUGGGAGUUAGAUCAAGAGGGGAGGUCUCUUAGUAGUUGUAGAAAUUGGAAUGAGAGGUUUUUGGCUAGAUGGCUCGAAAAGAUGGGGAAGGUGAUGGGCUACUUGAAGGGAAUAGGUAAACUUUAAGAUGAUGGUUUUUUGUAAUCAUUUUCUAGCUGGGAGAGAGGUAAGGUGAGAGGUCCGCUAUUGGUUUGGGGCAAGGAAUAAGAGGUCAAAGGCAAUUGAGGAGAUGUUGAUAAGUUGAUUUUGGUAGGGUUGCUUCUGAAAGGUUUAAAGGAGAGGAGACAAAAGGUGAUGGCUUGAGCUACUUAAUGGGAUAAGGAGAUAGGUGAUGUUGGCAUUUAUUUGGCUAGUGGUGAGUUUAUAGAGAGCUUAAGAUCCACGAGAUGUUGGGAUUGUUGGUGACAUGCUGUAAAGGGUGUGUAGAAGAAGCUGUUGGUUGUUGAAGAAUAGAAUUAUAAGGUUUUCUGGUAAAAUAGUUGCCUAUAGGUUGAAAUGAGGAGGAGAGAUUUAUGUGUGAGAUCGGAGAGAAUAGAGAUUUGGUCUGCUUUGUGAGCAAGUGGUGGCAAUGUUGAUUAAGGAGAGGUGGUGGUGGUUCUGGUUUGUUGGAGGAGAUGUAGGACAUAUAAAAUAGCUGCAUCUUUUCUUAAUUAACGUUUCAGUAAAAGCAAAUAUGCGCCUAUAUAUAGCUACACAAAAUGAAUAAUAAAGGAAAACACAAUGUGAAGUAUAUCCUCAAGAAUCUAAUACAGUAAUAAAUACUAAAGAAUUCUUCUUUAAAUAAUUAUCACAUGUUAUAGAUUAGAUAUGAUAAUACCUAAUGCUCUUUGAGCACAACACAUUCCAUUCAAUCUUCUUCAUUCUCUUUUCAUUCUGUAUUCUUUGUUGUUUUCUCAGUACGUGUCAUUUCUAUUUUUAUUUUAGUGCUCUUUAAGAAUGCAUUCUUUAUCUCUAUCUUUAUCAGAAGUAAUUAGACUAAAAUGUGAUUAUUCCCUUAACUUGUUUUCCUCCAUAUCUUCAAUAUGAAGCUUAAUGGAAUAUAAGAAAUAGAUUCUUCUUGUGGAACCUUUGAAAUUUGGCAGCAGUGUGGGCAGCUUGCUUUUUUCUGUCAGGUGGUGCAUUAUUUGUUUUAAUAUAAAUAAAAGCCAAGAAAUAAUAAGUUUUUGAUACCCGGCAGUUUGUUGUUACUCCUUUGUUGUUUCUCAAGUUUAUUGACGUUUCAAGUAGCUUCAUAUUGUUCUAAAUGAACACUAAGAAGAUUGGAUGCCAUGAACCUACCUAUGGGUCAUCAAAUUGCUCCUCUUCUGAGUUUGUAAACCCUUCUUGUGAAAAAUUUAAUUGCCCCUCUUUGUUAUUCGAUUGUAGUCCAUGGAAAAACAAUCUCAACUCCUCAAAUCUCUUUUCUUAUUCUGAGGAAGGCUCAGCAAUGCCUCCUUGUCAUAGCUCAAGUGCUUUUCCCAACUCUAUUGGAUCCACCACGUCUAGCUUUUCUUCUGCUGAAUAUUUGAUGGAUUUUCCUCAGUUUGAGCACCAAGUUAGCUACCCAUCGGUAUCAUAUCAGCCACCCAUAAAUUCCUUAGAUUUCUCAGUCCAUGUUUCUCCGGUUUCAAAAUUCUCUCUCAGACCAGAGAAGAAAAGAGAUGUUUCUCAUUCAUGGGAGACAUUGGAAUCAGAUGUCAGGUUCCCUUUACAUGAAUGUGGAAAUUCUGCAGUUUGUGAUAAGAGGCAAAAGCUUCUUUACAGAAAUCAUCAAGAUAUUUUGGCUCAAUUGGUUGCUCAAAGCACUGAAGAAGGACUUGAUUCCAACUUGAAUAAAAGACAGUUAGUAUCAAGUGAAACGGUUAAUAGAUCUUCUGUCGGAUACAAUCUUGAAAACGCUUUGAUGAGAAGUCCAAAGUUCCAGCUUCAAAAUGUUAAGAAACACUCAAAGGCCCCCAUAGUUGUUCCUAUUACUUCAUACAAUCCUAAUUCAGGAAGUUUUGUUCCUAGUAAAACACGAAUUAGGUGGACACCAGAUCUUCAUGAAAAAUUUGUUGCAUGCGUGAAUUGCCUUGGAGGCUCAGAGAAGGCGACUCCAAAGGGUAUCUUAAAACUGAUGGAUUCUGAUGGAUUGACAAUCUACCAUAUCAAGAGUCAUUUGCAGAAAUAUCGAAUUGCCAAAUACCUGCCUGAGUCUUCUGAAGGGAAAUUUCAGAGGAAAGCAUCAGCUAAUGAAUUGCAGCCGCUUAGAAUCACUGAAGCUCUCCAAAUCCAGCUAGAAGUUCAAAGGCAUCUUCACGAGCAGCUAGAAAUUCAAAGAAAUCUGCAAAUGAGAAUUGAAGCUCAGGGCAGGCAGCUUCAGAAGUUAUUCAAAGAGCAAAUGAAACCAAAUAAAAAUCUCACUGAAGCUCAGGACCUGGAAGACUUCUUUCCUGCUAAACACCAAGAAACAGCUCAAGAUGUCCAGUUUUUUGUUCUAGGAGAAGAUCAUCAAAACAACCAUUUUACAUCAAAGAUCAGUUAGUCUGGGCUUCUUGGCCAGUAUGUCAUUCGCAAGUGUAAUUCAUUGUGAACAAACUAUAAGAAAAAAAAAAAGAAAAAGUUAAGCUUGGAUUGUAACAUAUAUAUAGUUCUUUGUAUUUUUCCAUCUUGUGAAAAGGCAAAUGUUUGAAUGCAACCACAAAAUGUCAAAAGUUAGUAAAAGCUGGUGAUAACAGUUACUUUUAUAUGUUCAUGUCUCAUGGAAAACAAACGCAUCUUGCUCCUGCUUUCAGAUUGGUAUCA